ACAGUAAUAGUCCUGUAUGGUGCGGGGUAAAGGUGCGGGGUAAAGUGGGCUUCAUCUUUUACCUCUGCUGAGCUAGGACGAAAUUCUAUUAAGUGUUGUUUGGAUCCAUUUUCUCAUACUUCAGUUACUCAUCUCUCGUAUCGUCUGAUAAUUCAUAGCCCGUGAUCACAAGGAGAUGAAAGCUUCCUCAGGGUGAUCAUCAUGGACAUCAUGACAAGGAGGUAUAAUAUCUUCCUUUUUUUAGGUAGAAAUGGAAUGGUAUCUUGUCUUGCUGCUGGUGGUGGUCUUCCUUGUGGUGCUGCAGAAAUGGUGGACUGGUUGGUUUGGCUACUGUGACAGCCAAGCAGAUAUGAGGGGCAAAACUGUGAUCAUCACUGGUGCCAACACGGGCAUUGGUAAGGCCACUGCCCUUGAACUUGCUCGCCGCCAUGCCCGGGUCAUCCUUGCGUGUCGAAGCAAGGUCAAGGCUGAAUCAGCCAGGAAUGACAUCAUCAAAGCAUCAGGAAACACUGAUGUGAUUGUGAAAGAGGUUGACAUGAGUAGGCUGGCGUCUGUCAGGACUUUUGCCGAGGAAAUCUGCAGAGAAGAACCUCGACUUGACGUACUGAUCAACAAUGCUGGCAUGGCAGGUCCAUCCAAGAAGUGUAUGACAGAAGAUGGACUGGAACUCACAUUUGCCACCAACCAUUUCAGUCAUUUUCUUCUCACCAACCUUCUACUGGAUCUUUUGAAGAAAUCUUCUCCCAGUCGCAUCGUCAAUGUUUCGUCCAUGGCCCAUCGGUGGGGAAAGGUUGACUUUGACAACCUCUGUGCUGAGAAGUGGUACCAUGAGGGCAGGGCCUACUUUGACAGCAAGCUGAUGAACAUCUUGUUCACCAGAGAACUACACAAGAGGCUAGCAGGAACAGGGGUAACAGUCAAUGUUCUGCAUCCUGGUACCGUUCGGUCAGAACUCCUUCGCAGUGCCCACUGGUUUGUGAAAAUGGUGUUUGGGUUGAUCAUGCCACCAUUCUUAAAGACUCCGUACCAGGGAGCGCAGUGUUCUAUUUACUGUGCUGUGUCAGAAGAAAUGUCUAGAGUCUCGGGCCAGUAUGUCUGUGACUGUCGCAUCCAAGACCCUUCCAAACAAGGCAUGGACGACGGAACAGCCAAGAAGCUCUGGGAUAUUAGUGAGAGGCUGACUGGGUUAACUUUGUAAAGGAGGAUGGCGACAAUUGGGACAAUGUGCACGGUCAACAGUUUUAUAAUGACUGACAUGGCAAUUAAGGUCAUCAUUCUGUCUGAGUGUGUAAUUAUAAAGAAAAAUUAAACAAGUCGUGAGAAUACGUCUUCCACAAUCCCAGAUGGCGCAAAACAAACCAAAACGCACAAUACCAGGAAGUAUUUGGUGAACGGCCAAAUCUGCACAACAGAAGACCUAAUAAACAACAUGAAAUGCACUACAUUCUUUAACUAUACCACAAUGUGCAGAUACCAACCUAUACAUUAUGAUAAAGUGUAAUCUUCUACUAUGAGAAACCUGAAAAAAAGCUAGUGAAAAUAACACUAAAUAAGUCACUCAAGUCACUGAAAUAAAGGCUGCUUUAUUCAAUAUGA